AUGUUUGAAUCACACAAUUACGCAGUUGCCGACGGUAUUAAUUAUGAAUAUAUUUAUAUUAAGACAAAAGAUAAUUCACAUCCAACCUUAUUAUUUCUUCAUGGUUUUCCAUCAUCAUUCUAUUGUUGGCGUCAUCAAAUUGAAUAUUUCUCUAAGCAAGGAUAUGGCUGUUUAGCACCCAAUUUAAUGGGCUACGGUAAAACAUAUUCUCCGCUGGAUGCAAAUGAAUACAAAACUAAAACAAUGGGUGUUCGACCGGCAACUCGAUUUGUUUUAUAUCAUCCCGAACGUACAUUAGGUCUUAUUUUAUUUAAUCUUGGUUAUUUUCCACCGGCGAAGUUCGAUUUUGAGCAAAUGUUAUUAUUGACUAAGAAAGCGUUCGGCUAUGAACUUUUUGGCUAUUGGGAAUUUUUUAAUUCUGAUGAUGCAGCGAAAAUUAUCGAAGAUAAUGCGGAUUGUUUCAUCGAUCUUUGUUAUACAAGCGAGCCAAUAUUGUGGAAAACAGAUGUAGCUCCACUUGGUAAAGUUCGAGAAUGGUUAACAAAUCAAAAAACGACAACUCGAGCUUCAUAUUUCACGACUAACGAUUAUGAAAUCAUACAUAAAUGUAUUAUUGAAGGUAUGCAGCCAAAACUAAAUUGGUAUAAAUCAGCUAUGGCAAAUAUUGACUGGGAUGAUGAAAAACAUCUUGAUCCUACAAUAAAACAACCAGUUCUUUAUAUUGCUGGUACGAAAGACUAUAUAUGUCUUUCACAAUUUUUUGUCGAUCAAAAGAAGUAUAUUGAUGAUUUGGAAACGAUCGAAUUAGAAACUAGUCAUUGGGUUAUGGAAGAAAAUCCAGAGAAAGUCAAUCAAGUAGUUGAAAAAUGGAUUCAACGAUUUAUUUAA